AUGUACAAAUUGAAAGUUCAGGCCAAGGUGUUCGAGGUUAUAGACACCACUCCCAAAGACCCUGCACCAACCAAAAAUUCUCAGCAAACAUUCCUUCCACUAACCCUCGACCAAAAGCUCUUCUACCCGCAAGGCGGUGGCCAGCCAACCGACAUAGGCAUAAUCACCAGCCCAACGGCAAGUUCAAAGCCCACAACAUCCUCCUCCACAAUGAAACCGUAUGCCAAUGGGCGACUUUACAGCGGGUGGCAGAAUCAGACAAACGACAUAGUUAUGCCGAAUGUGAAUGAGGAAACCAGACUGAGGAACGCCGGUGUCAUUCCGGUGGCCACGUCGUGUCUAGCAUGCUCAAGCCACAUUAUGCCGAUGGGGCGUAUGUAA